AUGUCAAAACCAACACCAUCAUCAUCACUCUCUUCCGAUCAUUCCGUAAUCACGAUCGAUUCACCACAACAAUUCUAUCACAUGGUUCAUCAUCCAGAGUCGAUUCCAGAACAUUUUCAAGUGCAAAAUUUGAUCGGUCGCGUCUGUAAAGGAAGAAGAGAGAAUACAGAAGCCUUUCUUCAGCUCACCGAUGAUCCCUUGGAUAAAACAGCAUUCAUGUUCGGAGAGGAUGGAGUUGAAAGAAUUUUACAUAUUGCUGAAAAAUAUAAGAGGAUGAACGGUUGUCUUGACCAUUCAAAUGCAUCUUAUUCUUCAAAUAAUGAAAAUAGCACUCCCAACAAGACAAAAGCUUGUCAAGAUGGAAAAUUAGCGGAAGAAGAAGCUUUAGAAAUACUUCACUUGAUCGGUUUUGAAGAGUCCUAUGUCAAGGAAAAGAUUUCACACAAUGUUCGCUUUGAAAUGAUUGUUGUAGAACGAGAUUCUUUUUUGAAAAAGACAGGAGCUCUUAUUGAAAGAGCCGAUUGGAAUGGAGUUCACACAAUGGUCAAACAUUUAUUUCCAAAAGCAUUUCCUUACUUUGAUAAGUAUUUUGACGAAUUACAAACAACAUCAUUUGAAGAGAUUAGAAAACGUGCCGAUUUUGAUUUUGCAGAAGUCAGAAGAAGUGGUACAAGCCACCCGUUGUAUUGGUCUACUGAAGAAAAAUUCUUACAGAGCAUGCAGGAAAAGAAGAAAUUGAAGAAUGAAGAACCUUCUCUGAUUGACGUGAGAGCGUUUUUAUAUUUUGCAUGUGGAAUACGAGAAUUAUUCGCAGGAAAUGGUUACACAAUGACUGAAAAGGGAGAAGUAGCUCUCAAAGAAUAUCUUGUGGAGAAUGUGAAACGUGAAUUAUUUGAAGAUUGUUGCGUGGUGCUACACCUUGAUAUUUAA